UCCACAGUAUCAGUAGUAAGUGUUCUGCUUGGCCAGUUUGUUCACUGUGUUGGUUACGUGCCGUUCCUAUCAAUUAUUGUGUUCCGUCCGUGGUGGUUCCCCAAGUACAUCGCGCAUUAGUGUCGCCCUUAUCUUUCGAGUUGUCCAGUUGUUCAAUAUCGGGCUGCGAAAGCAGACGCGAAAUCGACCAUACGCUACAGUGAUAAAUAAAAUCGUAAAAUCCAGCAGACGCGAAAUAAGCACAAAAAAACAUCCACUUGCACUCGAAAGUGCAUUACGAGGGGACUCUGCCACGAUAACGAUACAACUGGAAAGGAAAGAAAAUAUAAUCGAGUGCAUUUGUGCAUACGCCAGACGCUUGCAGGCAAACCGAAAGCAGCAGCGUAAAAACGAGUCCAAAGAGAAAAAAACACCCAAAACCCGUUUCAUUUCCGCCGGUGUUCCGAGAUCCGCGAAACGGGAAGCAGUCCGAGGGACAAGCCUACCACCAAGUUGAGACACAUUUUGCCGAAAGGGAGAAAGAAGCUGAGUGAGUGUGAGCAAGGUAUUUGAACGUGCAAACUGUUCGGAGCCUCAGGAUAAACCAGUGUUAAGCCAGUUCACGUGGCCCUCUCGACUGCCCGAGAGCUUGCUCAUCGAGCAUAAGCGACCAGCCCUGGUUGAGGAAAAGCAAAUAAAGUGAUCGACAACGAGCACUUCUACCCGUAAAACCUGCACAAUGACGCAACGCAAAAGUAAAGGAGGGACACCGGUGUCGCUGAUCGUUGGGGUUCUUUCGCUCGUCCUGCUGCCGGCCUGCAUCUACAGCCUCGAGAAUGGCCUGGCCCGAACACCGCCGAUGGGCUGGCUUUCCUGGGAGCGCUUCCGCUGCAACACGGACUGCGAGGGCGAUCCGGAAAAUUGCAUCAGUGAACACCUGUUCCGCACAAUGUCCGAUCUGGUCGUGAGCGAGGGCUACGCCGCCGUCGGCUACGAGUACAUCAACGUGGACGACUGUUGGCUGGAGAAGUCCCGUGGGCCUCGUGGCGAACUGGUGGCCGACCGUCGACGCUUCCCUAGUGGCAUGAAGGCCCUGGCCAACUACGUGCACGCCAAGGGACUUAAGUUCGGUAUCUACGAGGACUACGGCAACUACACGUGUGCCGGUUACCCGGGCAUCCUCGGCUUUUCUGCCAACGAUGCGGCCCAGUUUGCGUCGUGGGAUGUAGACUACGUUAAGCUGGACGGUUGCUACUCGCUGCCGAUCGACAUGGACCAUGGGUAUCCGGAGUUUGGUCGCAAUCUGAACGCAACCGGCCGCCCGAUGGUGUACUCGUGCAGUUGGCCAGUGUAUCAGAUCUACGCUGGAAUGAAUCCCAACUACUCAUCGAUCAUUCAGCACUGCAAUCUGUGGCGAAACUACGACGAUAUCCAGGACUCGUGGGCCUCGCUGGAGAGUAUCAUCGAUUACUAUGGCAACAAUCAAGACGCAAUCAUUCCGAACGCUGGACCGGGUCAUUGGAACGAUCCCGACAUGCUGAUCAUCGGCAACUUCGGGCUCAGCUACGAGCAGUCUAAGACGCAAAUGGCCCUCUGGGCAAUCAUGGCCGCACCGCUGAUGAUGUCCGUCGAUCUGCGUACAAUCAGGCCUGAGUUUAAGGCCAUCCUGCAGAACCGCAAGAUCAUUGCGGUCGAUCAGGAUCCGCUCGGUAUCCAGGGGCGACGAAUCUACAAGCACAAGGGAAUCGAGAUCUGGUCGCGGCCCAUCACCCCGAUCUACCAGACGUACUACUCGUACGCAAUCGCCUUUGUCAACCGGCGAACGGACGGUACCCCGUCGGACGUGGCCGUGACACUCCGUGAGCUGGGUUUGAUUUCUCCCACCGGCUACAGGGUUGAGGAUCUGUACGAGGAAGUGGACUACGGAAUACUGAGCCCUCAGACCAAGAUUAAGGUGAAGGUGAACCCCUCGGGAGUGGUGAUUCUGCGUGCCGAUGUACAGCCGGAACGUUUCUCCAAGAGACCGUACAAUCCGAUCUUCUACCGUUAUCCCAACUAAGAAACUGAAAGGCGAUGUUUGAAAAGCGAAGCUCGAUCCCCAGGGUAGCAUAAACAACGUGUCCCGACAUCCUUAUCUUCCGAAACUAUUUUUAGACGUAUCUUUUAUUCUUGUCCCAUCUAAAGGCAACCACUUUCACUCCAUACGAAAGUGAAUCUUUUUAAACGUAUGUUUCCACACCUUAAACCUUCAAAAGGGAAUGUAAGCAUCAAGAGCAAAGCAAUAUCCUUCCAUCGGACUACAUUUCAUAAUGGUUCAUGAGAAACCGACACAAUAGAUAGCUACGUAAGUGUAUGAAACAAAAGAAAUCAAUGUUAAGGAUAGUAAAAUAGCAACAAAAGAGGAUAGAAAUCAUGUGCCAGUUUUGAUGGAAAACGACUAAAUAGUAAAACAUCUUAUCAAGCCACAAUAAUGAAAACUGUUUCGUAGCAGAAGAAUCCACAGUUAUCUGCAAGAAGCACAGGAUAGAAAUCGGAUAACCACAGCGCCAGGAAAAGCACUUAGGAUAAUAGUACACCAUAAUUGUGCUUCGAACCGAAUCCAAAUUGGUGCUUUCGAAACACGAAACAAUACACAGGUGCUUCAAGGAGUUAAAUACACCACGUUAAAUGUGAUUGAGCUUUUUUAUUGAAACGUGGCUAACGACAACAAAACACAUUUUAACAGUUUCUUGUAGGAGUUACCCAUUUUCAUUACUCCCUGCCCAACCCCUCGCGACGAUUUGUGAGAUGAAUGUUUUCCCAUCAGAAUCCAUGGCGUAUGAUACGUGCGUGUGUAAGGUUAGGUUUUGUACAGCGUAUAAUUUAUGAUACGGGACAGUGCGGCCUCGAGGCCGGGUAUGUGUGAUGUCCUUGAGGUUUUUUUCCUUUUUAGUUCUCUAAACCAAUUGAAAUUUGAUGAUAAUAAAUAAAUUUUAAACAUAA